AUGAAGCACUCAUUUGCCGGCCUUGCGGCCCUCUUUAUGGCCGCUGCUGUCACUGCUAUUCCUGCCAGCUCUCACCUGAGUGAGCGCCAGCCUGAUCUGUCCUUCUCGAACCUUGUUACCAGAGCCGGCGAAUGUUCCAGCAGCGCAAACUGCCCUGCUGGCAACUGCUGCUCCAAGUACGGCUACUGUGGUACCGGCCCCGACUACUGCUCCGGCAGCCAGGGCAACUGUGGUAACACCGGUGCUCCUUGUGCUUCCGGCCAAUGCUGCUCUCAGUACGGAUACUGCGGCACCGGCCCGGACUACUGUGGAACGACUACACCUCCCAGCGGUGGUGAUCCCCCUCCUACCGGCGGCGGUGGUGGUGUUACUUGCACCUCGCGCAGAUUGUACCAAGGUGACGGCUCUACUGGCGCCGGUUGGCCUGCACAGAGCACCUGGUCCAGCUUCGAUACCAUCUGGAGCGUGAACCAGAACCUGAUUGCUAGCUCCUGCACUCAGUUUGGCCAGACCAACAACUCGCCCACCGAGACUGCCAACAUGAAGGCUGCCAUCCUCAGCAUUGCCCAAUCGUCUGGUGUGGAUUCCCGCUUCAUCCUCGCUACCAUUAUGCAGGAGAGCAAGGGCUGUGUUCGCGUGCCCACCACAUUUGGAUCUGUUUCUAACCCUGGCCUCAUGCAGGAUCAUGACGGUCCUCACAGUUGCUACAAUGUCAACCCUUGCCCCAACGACCAGAUUGUCGGCAUGAUUGCCGAUGGCACCACAGGAACGUCUUCCGGCGAGGGCCUGCUGCAGAUUCUUAACCGCCUUUCCACCUCAGGCGCCCAAAAGGUUUACCAGGCUGCUCGAAUCUAUAACUCUGGCAGCAUUCCUGCUAGCGGCAACCUGAGCGAGGGUGGUGCUACCAGCUCUUAUGCUUCUGACAUUGCUGAUCGUCUCGGUGGUUGUGUUUUCUAA